AUGAGCGCCGAGUGCAGCAGUUACCUCAACGCCGACAAGGUGCUGGUGAGCGGGUUCAGCUGCCCGCGGGCGGGCGGCGACGCCCGCGCCGUGUUCUGCUGCGGCUUCCAGGACGUCAAGUACUGCUGCGAUGACCCCCACAGCUUCUUCCCCUACGAGCACAGCUACAUGUGGUGGCUCAGUGUUGGAGCACUCGUGGGCCUGUCAAUAGCAGCAGUGGUCCUCUUUGCUUUUAUCAUCACUGUGUGUGUUCUCUGUUAUUUGUUUAUCAGCACCAAGCCACGCAGCAAACUUGAUACUGGUUUGAGCUUACAGACAGCAGACAGUGAGGCCAGAGGGAGUUCGAUAUGUUAAAGACAGAGGCACUGAAUGGAUUCUACCAAUGUUACAAAGAAAAGAGAUACAGAGCUGCAUCCAUGACAAAGCCCCCACCAAAACAAGCUGCUGACAGAGCCAAGUGACUUCAAGACACUUCCUCACCUACAAGCAUGGACUGUGACUGUAAGCCACAAGAACCUGACUCACUCUUCCAGAGGUGUUUCCUGGCUCUUACAACCACUGUCGAUAGCCAGAGGCCAAUUGGAAGCUGUGCCAGGCUGUGUUUGUGUAUGGUUGCUAUACUGAGAAGUUGUGUGUUUUGAUUUGCACGUCAGCUACUGCUGUUCAAUCAUUUUCAUGCAAGUUGUCUCUACCCUGUGCAAUUCCAGUGAGAUAACACAGUUGUCAAGCAGAGCAGAAUUUGGCACACCACGUUGACCAAGCUUUAUUUUAAG